GUUAACAGCGAGUUGUUUUUAAAAAGCAUUAAAGUGUUUUCAAAAUAUAUUUUAAAUUAGAUUUGGUUAAAAAAAGCUAUAAUGACAUCGGUAGAAUUAUAUUUUUCCGAUGAAGAAGAAGAAAUUUUGGAAGUGAAAAGAAUAAGGAGAAGUUUAAGGGACAGUUUUAAUCCGAUGGAGUUAGACAACGACGUAUUCAUAAGAAACUUUCGUUUAUCAAAGCCUGCAUUUCUUCAUGUGUAUAAUAGUAUUGAAGAUAAACUGCAAUUAAACAUAAGACAACAAGCUGUACCAAACAUUAUUAAAUUAGCGGCUGCCUUAAAGUUUUUCGCAUAUGGUGAUUACCAGACAUCUUUCUUCGAAAAUGAUCUCGAUAUGGGCCUCGCACAGUCUACACUAUCAUAUAUAUUUAAGGAAGUAUUUGAUGCACUGGAAAGUAAUAUUUGUUCAAAGUAUAUAAAUUUUGAAUAUAAACCGGAUGAACUACGCAGAGUAAAAGACCAUUUUUACGAAAAAUAUGGUAUUCCAAAUGUUAUAGGUUGCCUCGACAAUACACACCUCAAAAUUAUAAUGCCAAAGAAAGAUCUUCGACAUUUGUAUGCAAACCGAAAAGGCUUUUUUAGUUUAAAUAUUUUAGUUGUAUGUGAUGACUUAAUGCACAUACGAUAUAUUGAUGCAAGAAAUCCUGGAGCAACAUGCGAUGCCGAUGUUUGGAAUAAGUCAAGUUUAAAGCGAAAACUUCAUGAAGAUUAUUGUAAUAACCGCAAAACUGGUGUGCUUUUGGGAGAUGAUAAGUAUCCCCUUACUCCAUAUCUUUUAAUACCCUAUAACAAUGUAGAAAAAGGAUCAUUGCAAGAAAAAUUUAACAAUAAACAUAAACUUGCACAAGAAGUUAUUGAAAAAAUGUUUGUAAUAUUGAAAAGUAGGUUCAGAUGUUUACUGUCAACAAAAGAGUUGCAUUAUAGUCCAGAAAAGGCAACGCAAAUAACUAAUAUAUGUGCUGCACUACAUAACAUUUGCUUAAAAUAUAAAGUUGAAAUGCCUGAUAUUCAAAAAGAAAAUAAUCAAAAUGAUGAUAAUUCGAUCGAUGCUAAAUAUGGAGAAGAUGAAAUUAUCAAAACGUCAUCAAAUGAAUUAUAUAAUGGUGGAAAGUUAGUGAGAGAUUCAAUAUUAGAUCUUUUUAAAAAAUCAUAAGCCCUUGUGGCAACAGAAUCUCAAUAUAACACACAAAACACAAAAAAUUUUUUUAUUUUUUUAGAUUGGGUAAAGUCUAUAAUAUUGUUAAGUUUUAUUCUCUUAUAUUUUAUAAAAUGCAUUUUAAA